AUGACAGUAAGAAAUAGUUGGUUUCUGUUUGUUUUUUGUUUUGGCACGAUUUUAUCGUAUUUCAAUGUCCCAGAACAAGAAGAGAAUGUGUGCCUCGUCAAGCGACGACUGUGUGCACCGUCAAGCAUUGGCAAGUUGUGUCCAGCUCCGAACGUCAGCAAGAAGAGAAUGUUUUUUGCGAGUCAGGAGGAAACUAUCAUUUUGAAUAGUCGCCCACUGAGUUGCCAAGGCCCAUCAGUUGUCCUUUAUCAAGAUGUGUUCUCCCAAUCCUUGAAUGAUCUCAAUGAUGAAACUCUCGAAGUAACAGCUGAAGACCACGAGUGGACAAGAGAAUUCCUCGAUCUCAUGGCCACUAGCUAUUCUGGGAAACUGGUUGUUGGAAGGCCUUUAAUGAACACUUCAGUAAACUCAUUGCUUAUACAAUCAAAACAGCAAACACAGACAGCACAAGAAAUGAUGGAAUUAUUUGUACUAUUCCUGUGUUUG